AUGGACACUAAAAUAAAAUGCAACAUAAAAAUAACAAAUAAUUCAAAUGAAAAUAAAAAUAAGAAAAGGAAAAUAUUAAAUAUUUUUGAUAAUUUAUAUAAAAAUGAUGAAGAAGAUGAAAAUAAAAUAGAAAAAAUUCAAAAGAUAAAAAGUAUAAAAAAUGGCCAAAUAUUUGUUGACCCACUUAGAGAAAAAUUGAAUGAUUCAAAAGAUAUGUUAAGUUUAAAUUUUAUAAGUAAUUUAGAAAAAAAAUUAAGUCGAAUAAAUAAUAAAAAAAAAAUUAUAUAUUUAAAUUUUCCAAAAAAUGAUAGUUGCUCAGAUUCUUCUAAUGAAGAUAUCUCAAAAGAAAAUAUAUCAGAUGUAGAAAUAUCAGAUAUUACUAAUUUAAUUAUCAAAAAUAAUAAUGAUUAUAAUAAUAAUACCAAUAAUAAAAAUGAAUCAAUAAAUAAUAAAUUAGAAUUGAAAAAAAAGAAUGAUAUAAUUCAACUAAAUGAAUAUAAUUUAAAUAAAGAAACAAUAGAAGAUAAUAACGGAAAUUCUGAAUUUACAAAAAAAAAAGAUAAUAUAUGUAAUAAUGAUUUUAAUACACUAAAUUCUGAUUAUAAUACAAAUGAUAAUGAGAAAAAUAGUAAUAAUAAUAUUAUGAUAAAUAGUGAUAAGAGCAUGAUAUAUGAUCAUAAUAUAACGGAAAAAAAUCUAACAUUUAAAAGAAAAGCACUGUUAGAUAAAUUUAAUAAAAAUGAAAAAGAAAUGAUAUUAAAAAAUGAAUUAAAUUUAUAUCAAGAUUUUAAAGAACAUAAUAUUCAAAUAGAAAACUAUGGAAAAUAUAUAUUAAGUAAAAUGGGAUAUAACGAAGAUAUAUAUAACAAAUAUAUUAAUAAAUAUUAUAAUGAGUAUAGUAAUAAUAAUUAUUUUGAUAAAAUUUAUGAAUAUUUUCAGUCAAGAGAAUUUCGUUUUACUGGUAUAGGAGCAGAAGAAGAAAUGAAAGAAAAUAUGGAAAAAAUAAAAGAAGAAAAAUAUGAUGAUGAAAUAAAAGAUAAAGAAAAAGAAAAAACAAAAGAUAUAGAAAAAAAAAAAGAAAAAAAUAUAUAUAGUAAUAAUUUUAAAAAUGGUAAAAGUAGUCACCUAGAAGAAAGAGAUAAUUGGAAUAGAAAUAUUGUAAAUAAUAAUAAUAAAAAUGAAAAAAAAGGUAAUAUCAUAGAAAAGACUAGAAAAAAUAAAAUGGAAGAAAAAAAAACUAGCAGUUAUAAUAACAAUUUUUUUGAGGGGCUAAUAGUGAAAAUAAAUCUAAAAACCCAUGAAUUUUACAAAAGGAAAGGAAUUAUAAUAUAUAAAAAAGAAAAAAAAGAUAAUAAUAAAUGUUACUAUGGUUUGUUAUUAUUUAAAAAUUUUAAAUAUAUUAUUCCAUACAAAAAAAUAAUUAAAGAAAAAAUAAAAGAAUUUAAAAAUGGAAAACAAGACAAUUAUAAAUAUUUUUGGUCAAUAAUUCUUAAAGAUUUAACUAAAAAUAAAGAAUUAAGCAUAGAUAGUAUAGAUAACAAAGAAAGAAAAGAAAAAAAUAAAGAAUUUGAAAUUAGUGAAGUAAAUUCAAAGUAUUUAGAAACAAGUAUAAAUGAUAACUGCUUGAAAUGCAAAGUAGUAAAUAAAAACCUAAAUCAUCCAAUAAAAAAAAUUUCUUUAUAUAAAGAAACAGUAGAGUUAAAGAAAAUAAAAAUGAACUAUGCAUAUAUUCAGUUUAGAAAAAAAUACAUUUUAAAAGUUUCUUUAGAUGAUAUUUGUCAAUAUAUAAAUCACAUAUAA